AUGUUCACUGCUGACACACUGUCACGAGCAGUAGAUCCAAAAGCAGAAUUGAAUGUUGAAACUGAAGAAGAUAUCAGAGUCUAUGUAGAUAUGAUAGUACAAACAAUGCCAGUAACAUCAAACAAAAGACAAGAAAUUGUUGAAGAGACCAAAAAAGAUGUAGAGCUUCAAGAGUUGCUAGCCACCAUCAGAAAUGGUUGGCCAGAAAGUAAGCAACAAUGUCCAGCAAGAAUAAAACAGUACUGGAACAUUAGAAGUGAACUCUCUGAAGCAGACGGAAUCAUAUUCAAAGGUUCUAAAAUAGUAAUUCCAACUUCCAUGAGACGAUACAUACUAAACCAAGUACACGAAGGUCACUUAGGCAUUGAGAAAUGUAAGAAACGUGCUAGGGAAGUAAUCUAUUGGCCAAGAAUCAAUGCAGACAUCACUGAAAUGGUCCAAAAUUGUACUUCAUGCCUAAUGUACAAACCAAAACAACAGGCUGAAAGCCUAAAUCCACAUGCAGUGCCUAAUCGUCCUUGGGAAAAAAUUGCCGUAGAUCUAUUCACUUUGAACAAAAGAGAAUAUAUGGUCGUCGUCGACUACUACUCACAAUUCAUUGAAGUAUGUACUUUGACUUCAACUACAAGCAAGGCCGUGAUUAAUCACAUGAAAGCAAUAUUUGCUCGUCAUGGUACACCAUGUGAACUGAUGUCGGAUAAUGGUCCUCAAUUUGCAAGCCAAGACUUCAAAAGCUUUGCAAAAGAAUGGGAUUUUCACCAUACCACAUCGAGUCCACAUUAUCCACAAUCAAAUGGCCUCGCAGAAAAUGCUGUGAAGAUUGUCAAAAAUCUCAUACUGAAGUCACAACACAGUGGACAAGAUAUCCACAGAGCUUUACAAGUCUAUCGAAGUUCACCAAUAGCAUGCGGAAAAUCUCCAGCAGAACUUCUGUACAAUCGUCAGAUUAGGUCAAACCUUCCCAUGCUUGACACUUUGCUCAAUAACCAACAGAUUGAUACUAAAUCUGUGAGGGGAAGAAAGGAUGAGCAGAAGGUGAAACAAAAAGAGCGAUUCGAUAAACAUGCUCAUGACUUGCCAAAGCUAAAACCUGGAGAUCAUGUGAUACUCCAAGACAUGAAAACUAAUACCUGGUCACAACAUGGUAUCAUAAAGUCUGUCAAUAAUCAUAACAGAUCAUACCAAAUUGAAACAGCUGCAGGCGAGAUACGUCGCAGAAACAGACGUCACCUCAGGCCAGAUCCCAGACACCAAGCCGAGUCUAUUCCAUUACCAACACAGGAUGACUUCGAGCUAGAUGACAGCACAGAAGCGGAACCAGCAUCUGAUGUUCGCGCAUCUUCGUCACCAUCCCGAACAACCAGAAGCGGACGAGUCGUUAAACCGCCAGAUCGUUUAAACUUGUAA